AUGCGCUUCUCCACCGCCACCCUCCUCGUCUCGGCGCUGGGCUGGUUCUCCGUCGCGACCGCACACACCAUCCAGCUCAAGGCUCACUCGCGCGAAUGCUUCCACGAAGCCUUACACAAGGAUGAUCUCAUGACCGUGACGUUCCAGGUUGGAGAUCGUGAGUUUGGAGGCAGUGGUAAUCUGGAGAUUGAUUUCUGGGUCGAGGACCCUCUCCGCAACCGCCAAUACUACCAGCAAGCCAUCUCCAACGAGGACUACUCCUUCACUGCCCAGACCGACGGCAAAUACAACUACUGCUUCAGCAACGAGGGCUGGACCUCCAACUCAAAGGAAGUCUCCUUCAACGUCCACGGAAUCGUCUACGUGCCCGAAUCGGAAAUGUCGCAAGAUCCCCUGGAGGCUGAGGUCCGCAAACUUUCCGAGAAUAUGGCUCAGGUCCGCGAUGAGCAGGGGUACAUUGUUGUUCGCGAGCGUGUGCACCGGAAUACGGCCGAGAGCACCAACGGUCGUGUUAAGUGGUGGAGUCUUUUCCAGCUGUUUGUUGUUAUUGGAGAGGGUAUCUUCCAGGUGUGGUGGUUGAAGCGCUUUUUCGAGGUCAAGCGUGUUGUCUAA